CCCCGGAAAGGGAGGGGCCCACGGCAUUGUCCCUGACCUGAAAGCACCCUGCUGAGGGCUCUGCUUCAGGAAGCUUCCACCUUCUUGCCUUGAGACCACACUAGCUCCCCAAAGCCAGAGAUGAUGAAGAGGGAACAUGAGAUGGCGAACUGGGGGACUCCCCAGGGCCCAGGACCCGUGGUGUCCACCGUGGUCAACAUCCAGCCUGAGACCGCCGUGCCCGACCACAUCGUCUGGUCCCUGUUCAACACGCUCUUCUUCAAUUUCUGCUGCCUGGGCUUCGUGGCGUUCGCCUACUCUGUGAAGUCUAGGGACCGGAAGAUGGUGGGUGAUGUGAUUGGGGCCCAGAGCCACGCGUCCACCGCCAAGUGCCUGAACAUCUGCGCCCUGCUCCUGGGCCUCCUUGGGACCAUAGGGUCCAUUGUUCUUCUGGUGCUGGUGGUGUUGCCGACAGUCAGCUAUGCAAUAACACAGGCCAUGAAGAACCGCGGAGGCUACUAGGUGCUGCCCUCAGCAGGGGGACCACGUCUCCCCACCCCCUCCCGGCUCUGCCCCACCCCCCCACCCCUUCAUACAGUUGCUGAACCCAAUAAAGUGCACCUGGAAGUGACAA